AUGGAUUACACGUCCGACUUGUUGUUUAGCUCAGCGCCGAGAUAUGUGCGCAAAGAACAGUCCCACAGCAACGACGACGAUAAGAGUCACAAGAUCUUCUCCAAACACAUCGUCGUUCAGGGUAUCGAUAUACCUGACAACAUGGCUAUUACUAAGAGAGGUUUAAUGGGACUGCCGUUCCUCUCAAACAUCGCGUCUGAUUCAUCGAGAGACGAGCUGAAGGCAACCAGCGCUAGAGACGAUCUAGAUUCCUGGGCAAAUCUACUUCGUCCAUAUGGGCCAGCCGAGAGCAUGGCCAACUUGAUUAAGAGCUGUUCUUCAUGGAUCAACAUAAGUCAGCUCGAUCCCUCAUUGGAGGAUCUCACACAAGUCAAAUUGGCACACACUGUGUACGCGACACUUAAAAACGCCAACUUCGACUGGUGGGCAACACGGUGUCGUUACAAAGCUUACGAGGAAGAUUCUGAAGCCGACGACCUUCCAUUCUCGUAUUCUCGCUGGCCAAGCCCCCCUCUCGGCACCUCGACAGCCAUUGAGUUCCAAUGGAACCCCGACCAAAAGGUUCUCAAUUGGUUCGAUAUGAUCACAAAUAAGACAGUGAAGUUCUCCUUUGAGCAAUUCACCGAUGGUACCGGGAUUCUCGAGUCCAUGGAGGACCACGAAGCCUUCGACCAUUGGAUUGAACUCCGCAAGAAGUGCAUAUCGAAACUUUGCAAGGAGCCCACCUUGAAGCGCCUGGGAACAACCAUUUCCCGCCCCAGAGCCCAGAAGCUCACCGAGGCUGCAGCCCGACGUACACGAGUUGCAAAGAAGAUGAGAAAGGAGUGCAAGAAGGGGAAGGGAAGGAAGAAUUGA